AGUCGCUCCGACGCACGCGCACGCGACGCGCGUCGUGACCACACUCGCAAUAAAACGAAUUUAACUCCGCCAUUUUGUUUAUUCAGCUGUCAAAGUUUUGUGAUAUGAGUGUUCCGUGUGAAGAGUGCUUUAACAUCAAGAUGGUGGUUUUAAAACUGGUGUUGUGUCUUGUCUCUGUGCACAUGGUGGUAGCUAAAGGAUCUGAAGCACAGAUCGAGUGCACGCCAGAGUACAUGCGGGUGAUUGUUCCUAUGGAUGGAGACAGGAAGGUCUCCUACCUCGACCAGUUGAAAGAAUACACGCCCUGCGAGCCUACUUAUGAAGGAAACGCUUUAACCUUCGUCUUGGAUCUUCUCGACUACCAAAAGUGCGCCGUCACAAGAGUCCUGAACACUCUGACAGGAAAACGCACGUAUUACCAUAAAAUCGUGAUUGAAGACUCGUCGGGUGGUAGCGAGACGGUGACCGUUCGGUGUGUGGUGACUGGCGAGAAGCACGCGAUCGCUCGCCGCGCUGUGGAACCAUUCCCGCUGGAUUUCAAUGAACCGGACGUUCUAAACAUCACGCGAUAUAUGGAGAGUCGCGCGCCCGAACCAGUUCUGGGAGCAGUUGUCAAGCAGAAUGGAAAACAAGUGUCCGGCGAAAUCUCCGUGAGUCCUGGAACUCCGCUGUCCAUGGAGAUAUUCCUGGACAACAGGUCGAUGCCCGUGUACGGCCUCCUCGUGAACUACAUGCACGUCACGGACACUGGGAAACAACAGGAAACCAUCAUAUUUAACGGCUGUUCCGUGGAUCCCUAUCUAUUCGACAACUUCCUCACUACCGACGGUAAGAACUUGACGGCUAAGUUCAGAGCGUUCAAGUUCCCGGACACCACGUACGUGCAGUUCAAGGGCACCGUCACGGUCUGUCUGGAUAAAUGUCAAGGCGUGCAGUGCGCGAGCGGCGCUACGGCUUACGGCCGCCGUCGGCGCGCGAUAGCGACGACCGCGGACGCCAACAAAGUGUACGAGGUGUCUCUCACCACCAUCAUACGGGUGGACUGGGCUGACGGGAAUCGGGAAGAAGAGGAUGUCCUGACGUUAUUGAAGAAUUUGAAAGUCGGUAAUCAACUCCUCGGUGACAAAGAAGGUUCACCAGCGACCGUCUCCGAGCAGACACAGGACACCAAACUAGUAUACACAGAAGAACUAGUUUCCAAUCUCGGCACUAACAUGCAGACAUACAGCUGUUUGUUGCUUAUAAUUAGUGUAAUAAUGAAUUUCUACAAGUAGUACUGUGCGGUCUAUUAGACCAGUGAAGGUCGGUAAGGUAUUUUCGGGUUAACCAUAGAUAUUUUCGCUAUUUUUCUUAGUUUAUACUCUUUUAACAUGGUCUUACUUAUAAAUAUUAUGUAGCGGGUGUUUAAGUACUGUAUAUUCUGUAAGAAGGAACUCAAAAUUAAUGCACAAGACGAACGUAAAUCUCAGAAUGAUAUGCGACAUUGAUAAUUAUAAAAUUGAAAGUAUUCGCGUAUCAAAAUGGCGUAUCAUCGUAAGUCGGUUGUCAAUAUUUCACGUACGAGAUACGAAGUGAGCUCUUACAGAAUCGCACUCCUGAUCGAUCUCUCUGUUCCAUAGAUUUGAUGGCAUUAUUUUGUCUUGACCCCGUAAACUAAAUUUAUAGUUAAGCCCUUCAUGUAUUGAUUGAAAUUAUGUAAUUAUUUGGUAACGUGUAGGUAAUCUUAUUUUUUUAUUUCGAGACAAAAUUUAGUUUGUAAGUAAAGUGAUUUUAAUUAAUCUAAAGUAAGUGCCUUUUUAACUUAGUAUAGUAAUGCUAACGCAUUUAAGUCCACUAGUCUUUAAUAAUAUGUUUAUAAUAAUAAAGAAAAAUAGUGUGAAUAAAUUCUACCAUUUUUAUUAGUUUUCGCAGACGAUUUAAUUCGUAGAAUGUUUAGAUUGAAAAAUCUUACAAAAAAAUAACAAAAGUGUCUUUAGUUUUUUUAAUGUAAUUCAAGGAACUUUAUUACCAAUAAAAAUAAGUAUUUUUACACAAUAUUACGCAGCUAAAUAACGGAUAUCGUUUUAUCCUUCCACUCAGCAACACAAGUUUAUGUCAUAUUCCUGACGCCAAUGUUAUUUUAUCUGUGGUUACCGUCACACGCUUCACAAGUAUACUAACUAAUGACAUUUCACUUACAAGGUUGUAGAGAAAUAUACUAUCACCUCUUUUUGGCGAGUGCUUUCAUGAGUGUAGAAUAUAUUUUCAAUCUCUAUCACGCAAAAUAAAAACAAAUAACCUAAUAUGUUAUAAUACUGCCGAGUGCCGAAUACUCUAGGUUGAAUACAUUCUACAUUAACCUCCAAAUUAACGAUUUUAAGAGAUCAUAUAUAUUUCUCAAUUGUGGAGUUAAUAACUGUUAAUCAUGUCAAAUUACUUCAAGUAUUGUUUUCUUGUUUUCUUUUAAGGCAAAGAUAUUUAUUGUCGAAUAUUUAUUUUUAUCGAAAUCUAUUAUGAGUUGACGUUUAUUUUGUGGGAACGUGACUACAGAUAAUAUUCAAUUAAAUGACAUUUUUUUUUUUAUAAAUUCAAUCAUUACCAAACUAUGUAUUUAUUUUUAUUUCACAUAUAUAAAAUGUUUUAAAUAAUGAUCAACGAACAAAAAAUAAAAU